UUCAGGUCUGGAAGGCUGUACAUCCGGCUGGCCCAGGCCUAUGGGGCUAACAGGCCGUCUAGCUGGGCGCCGAGGGUUGCUAGGCCUCCCUUCAGGUCUGGAUGGCUGUACAUCCGGCUGGCCCAGGCCUGUGGGGCUAACAGGCCGUCUAGCUGGGCGCCGAGGGUUGCUUGGCCUCCCUUCAGGUCUGGAAGGCUGUACAUCCGGCUGGCCCAGGCCUGUGGGGCUAACAGGCCGUCUAGCUGGGCGCCGAGGGUUGCUAGGCCUCCCUUCAGGUCUGGAAGGCUGUACAUCCGGCUGGCCCAGGCCUAUGGGGCUAACAGGCCGUCUAGCUGGGCGCCGAGGGUUGCUAGGCCUCACAACAGGUCUAGUGAUGCUGACAGGGAUUCUAGGUGUCAUCAUCUCAUUCUGGUACAGGCUCUCUGAGCUGUUGGGCCGGGAAUCAGGUAGAAGCUUGUAUUUCUUCAGAACCUCAGUGAAGGAAAGGUCCUUGUUGCGCCUGCGUCUGUUGGUUUUGGCAGGUAGCUGGGAGCUGCUGCUGUUAAACCAACCGGGAGACUCACGACAUCCAUCCUGGACAGGAACCAGGGACUGGGGGUCUCUCCUCUCUCUGUGGGCAGCUGUGGGCCUCUUGGGCCUGAUUUCGUCAGGAGGGGGAGCACGAGGUACAACAUGCAGGGAGGGGAACGCUGAGGGCCUGAAAGAGGAGGCCAUCACUGGGGCCUGGCUGACCUCUUCUCUCUCCAGCAGCACUCUGUUAGAAGGACAGAGCAGCGGAACACCGAUGGACCUUGGUCCUCCAGACCCAUUCAGCUGACAGUGGGGUGAAGACAGGAGCGCAGUUCAGCUGACACGAAGGCGCGGACUGGGGGAAUCCGACAUGGAGACCUGACGCCACUUUUACGCGCACUUUCGGAUUGGUCUACUUUAAAAUGAACAUAAAUAUUAACGGAACAUACUGGAGGUUGGGCUAAGUGUUCAAGUGUUGGUUUUACACAUGUUGAUAUAGAGAAAUACAGUCUAAUAGUGGAUCGGCCUUCUGCAGUGUUGGUGGGGUAAAUAAAACUGCUGAUGUGCUUUGGCCUCUAUUCUUUUUGCAUGUUAUUAUUUUUUAAAUAUUUCGGGAAUUCCUUCUCAUUUAUUAACCAAUUACAAAUUCAAUAAUUCGUGUAUUUAUUUAGCUUAUCUUGUGUACAUGUAAUACCCUAUGGCCUGAACAUAGAAAUAAGAAUGAAUAGAACAGACAUGGAAGCUCUAACCCUGGCAAAUGACUGGUAUUUAUAUUUAUUUAGGAUCCCCGUUAAUUUCUGCCAAGGCAGCAGCUACUCUUCCUGGGGUCCAGCAACAUUAAGGCAUUUACGGUGCAUUCGGGAACGUAUUCAGACUCCUUGACUUUUUCCACAUUUUGUUACUUUACAGCCUUAUUCCAAAAUGGAUGAAAAAUGUUUUAGCAAAACAAGAUAAGCUA